AUGUUUGAUUUCGACGUCUUGGAAGAGCAAUUCGAACAUCGCGAUGAGGAUCGAACAGCGCGCAAGGCCGAGAAGCUGAAAGAGGCGAGCAGAUCGGUGGCGCAGGAAGUCAAGUCCUUGCCUGCCAAGGCGGUGCCGGAGACAACCAGGGGAUAUGAUCCGCCCCGCUUCGCGCCCAUUCAGCGCAAGAUCAGGGUCUUGGCACUCCAUGGCGGUGGUUCCAAUGCCAACAUCAUGAAAUAUCAGGUCAUGCCCUUACGCCGUGCUUUGGGGGAUCAGGCAGAGUGGGAAUUUCUGAAUGGUGGCAGGAGUUGGAAGUUCAAUGAAGGACAGAAGCCGCCAGAAAUCAUGCAGGCAUUGGCUGCUGGCAUGCCCUUCUAUGGCUGGUAUGCUGUGGAGCACACCGACCAGUCAGAUCGACCCUACCAGGAGAAAUUGUUUGAUCCAAGUGUCGAGUUUACAUAUUCCCAGGUUGACGUUGGCAUAGAUCGCGUCCUUCACCAGAUCAAGGAGAAUGGGCCUGUAGACAUCCUCGUUGGUCAGGGGCUCAGCACCGAAUGCGACGAGCAACUGAGGUUUCUCCCAGGGAUGCAUUGUGAGCCAUUUGGUGGCCGCGAUACUCAGGCAAAGAGGUUGCGAAAAAAAAACACGUCCACUCUCCCCAGUGCCCCAGCAGUUCCAAGCCUGGCAUUGUUGGCUCAUGCUGUCGCCCCAUGCCUCUACUUGCCAGCCAAACGGAUACAGAGGAGCUAUCGGAAGGAGGACCGCGAAGCACCGGAUGUGUCCAAACGAAGCCGUUCCAACCGCGCGGCGGGACAGCAGCUGGCAAGACUGCGCUGGUUCAAAGCGGUGCUGUUCCAAUGUCGAGGCCUCUUUCGGCGUUGGUAUACCCUGGGCUUGCUGUUGCUGGUGGCAAUGUGCCUCCAUGCAGACCAAAAUUUGGCAGCUCCCAACUUGAGCGCCAUUGCAGAGGAAUUUGACCUGACGCCUUUGGAAAAGGAUAGCAAGUUAGGUGGACAAGUCCAGCUAGGUUUUUUCUUUGUCGGAGGAGCAACAAGUUUAGCUUUGGGGCCCUUGGCGGAUCGAUUGAAUCGAGUGAAUCUGCUGUUGGCCGUGGUGAUUUUGGGCAGUGUGCCUUGCGCGCUGAUCAAGUACAUUCCUGCGGGCGGAUCUGGAUUUUUGUGGUAUUUCCUAUGCCGAGUAUUGACAGGAGUGUCAGUGGGUGGUUCCUUUCCUCUUCUAUAUUCUCUUUGUGGCGAUCUGGCGGCGCCGGAGCAGCGGGGCAUCGUCUCUGCGGCCAUGGGGGUGGCGACCUCCGUGGGCGUGGCGGCAGGACAGUUGCUGUCGGGUUUCCUGGGUCCUCGCUGGGGUUGGCGCAUCCCUUUUGUGGUGGUAGCCUAUCCCGCCAUUUUUUUCGCCUGCCUGCUGUGGUUCACUGUGUCGGACCCGCGCAAGAAUCGCCAUGAGGAAGGCAUCGAGCUGAUGAGCCCGAAAAAUACCAGCGCCAGCAGCUCCACGGAGAAAUACAAUGCCAGCGAGGAUCCAGCAGGAACGCCAGCAGUCUCUGAGGCCUAUGAACGAAAUCCCAGUCAUUCCAUUGAGAAGAGCCAUGGAGACAGCCUGGUGGACACCACGCAGCCUUCUGUGGACGGCCACGCAGCCAUCACAGAUUGCAAGCGUUUUGGCUUGGUCUGGAGAGGCAAGGGGAUGAUUUUCUGUCAGAAGAUCAAUGGAGAAGUCUUGGAGUUGGAAGUCGCUACAGAGAGCAGCAUCUAUGACGUGAAGGAGAAGAUUGCGAGCCUGGCCAGCCCAGAUGAGGCACAGGCAUAUCCACUCUGCCAACGACUGAUGAAGGAUGGCACCGCUUUGGAGGAUACCCAGGAGAAGAGGGUGAGCUUGGGGUCAGAAAUGGAGAACCCCCGAACAAAAAGCAUGGACAUGUCCAGCCUUGUCUCCGGUGAAGAAUUGUCGCUGACGCUGCUGAUCACCAUGGAUGGCCUGGUGGAGGCCUUACGAAGCCCGGAAGCCGAGAAGCAGGAGCUGGCCGUCGAGAUUCUGCGAAACAUUGGGACCUGCGAUAGUCAUGUGCUGGUGGCAUUGGGUGCCUUUCUGAAGACCGCAAAAGCCGCGCCCAAGGUGCUGGCUGAUGUGGCGUCAAUCCUGGUCCAAAUGUCGCAGUCUUCGCAGUCGUCGUUUGAGUCUUCGGAAGCCUUGGAGGGCGUGCUACUUGGAUCUUUGUCGCAUCGGUCCUGGCAAAUCCGGGAGGCUGGGAUUCAGGGCCUGAUCAAUAUCCCUAGCACUCGGAAGGUGAAACGGUUGAUCCAAAAGCUGAAGUCCAGGAAUAAAAAGCCCAUGGAUGACGGGGAGGAGCUGAAUCGAAAUUUCAGUACUGAUAUGGCGGCUGUUGAGGCGCUGGGCGGUGUAGCGCCAGCUGGCCACGAGGCCACCUUGGAGCUGUUCCUCCUCCUCUUGCAGCGUCAGGGCGAGUUCCGACAGGUGGACAAGAAGCUGCGGUGUUUAGAGAUCCUCCUGAGUUCACUGGGACAUUUCUGCUUCGAGAGCAACUCAAAAGAAGCCAAGAUGGCAAGGGGUUUGGUGUUGCGCUUCUACUGCUACAUGAGUCACGAAUUGCUCUUCCAAAGCGUUCAUAACUGGACGCCACGACAACGGCCCGACUGGAAAGCCAUCAUGGUGCCACUGGCCAAGCAGAUGCUGCGCGGGGCGUCGUUAUCACCUGAGGUGAUGAGGGAGUUGCUAAAGGAGAUGGUGAGCACCAGCUACUGCAGAGAAUCUGGCUUUGUGGGCUACGGCUUCAGGAUUUAUUAUGUGAAUGAGCACCUGUCACCUACAGCUGUGAGACUGGCAUUGAGGGAGUUGAUUGUCGCUUCCAGCAACGAUGUGGCAGAGGUGAUGCCUUUGCUGUCACAUCCCUACGAUGCCAUACGGGCCACUGCUGCCUACAUCAUCGUGCGACGAAAUCAAGAGGGACUGGAAGAUGUGCUAAGUGGCCUGCGUGGUCAUGCAUGUCAGGAGAUCUUGGAAGCCAUGGCCGACGCCUUUGACACCAUGCGUUUCGAUGACGACAGCGACAACCUCGCGCCUGGUGAGAACGUCGUCACUGCCUUGCAACACUUCGCCGGGGACAGCGACGGUGAGUUUUGGCUCCGCCGCAGUGCCUUCAAGGCGCUGUGCGCGGCACAGAUGGCCCCCAAGCAGAUGAUGAAAGCCUGGAUUGCUGGCAAUGCCAUGGAAGCUGAAGCUGCCUUGACGGCCAUUGAUGCAGAAACCGGGCAGGAAUUCUUGUGCCAAGCAUUGGAACAUUGGGAUGCGGAAAUUCGUCGCCUUUCGCUGGUGAAGUUGUCAGUCUUCCACCAGUUGCACCAGUGCGUCCACUGUUUGGCCAUUGAUAGCGACAGAAAACAAGAUCGGAAAACCAACUACCUCCAGCUGGUGCCGCCAAACGCCCGACUGAAUGGAGGUGACACUACGGUCAAAGCUAUUGAGAAGUUGCUGGAGAAUCCGGAUGAGAAGCGUGAGGUGUUGAUGAGCUGCAUGGGUAUCCUGGCGGGUUUGGCGCGUGCAUUGCAUCAAAGAGCUAUCGAGGUGCUUCACCAACUGACGGAAGCCAAACGCAGAUAUCCGCAGUCAAUGGCUGUUGCCAUCCUGUACGACUUGAAGGAACCCUACCGGAAGCGGCUCCCACCCAAGCAAUGGAGAUCCUCUGGGUUGAAAGCCUUGGAGGACCGGAGCCAUCGAUGGGCCGAUCCCGGCUUCUAUGACAGAAACGAAGGGAUAGAUUGGUAG